UCCAGUGAUUUGCAGGAGAGGAUGUCUUCCUUAAUUGACCCCCCAAUAACAUAAUGGACAUAUACCAGGAGCUGUGCCAGACCUGUUGAUUCAUCCAGCUGUAACUCAUAUAAUUCACUGAUGUGUCGUGAAACAGUGUUGUUUGAUGAAGUCAUUGUCUGUAUAGUUCUUUGGGCCUUUUCCCCCAGCAUUGUCCCAGCCAUAUCCACUGCAGCAGGAAGAAUUGAAGUCCUUCACAAUAGUUUGGCAACGGACUGUUAGUGGAAUUCCCACGAGAGCGUAACGGUUAAUUGCUGCCCCCUCCUGGUGAAUCCAUGUCCUGCUGCUGACAUCAGUAUUUGACAUAAGUAUUUGUGUCUCUGAGCUGUAGUUGUCCUCAGUGGCUGACAGGACCACAGACAUUCAGAGUGACCUGGGGGUGUGACGGUGAAACAAGCUCAUCAAGGGUGAAAGGUGGGCAUCAUCUUAAAAUAAGCAGUCUCAAACCUGAUGAAAAGUACCAGUUCAACAUGGCUACAGAGGGAGAAGAUGGAAGCCAAAGCAGAUGGAUCUCAGCAACCCUAUCCACAGUGGUCCCACCCAGAGUUUUAAAGAUAGACCAUUUGGAAGAGACCUCCUUCACUCUCCACUGGUCCAAGGCUGAAGGGAUGCAGAAAGUCCCACAGCGCUUCUUCAUAUCCAACUGCAUCCCAGGAACAGACCCCCUCACAGCCGUUACUGACGACUGCCACAAAAUUUUCUCAAACCUGCAUCCUGGCACCGAGUACACUGUUAGUGUUGCAACUGUGCUGAGCAAUGGGGAACAGAGUGAACCUGUCUCUACAACAGUCUGCACUAUACUUCCUGUUCCAGACCAGCUGACCGUUGACUCAGUGGACACCACAUCAGCUACUGUUAGCUGGAGCCAGUCACCAGGAUUGGACCAAACCCAACAUCAUUACCAGAUCUCCUAUCGCUGUUCAGGGACAGAACCACACAUCACCACCACAUCUUCACCCAGCAUCACUCUCUCUGACCUGAAACCUGCUACUGAAUACUCAGUCACUGUCUGCACUGUGCUGGAAAAUGGAAAGCAAAGUCAACUGGUGUUAACAACCUUCACCACAGAACUUCCUGCUCCAGACCAGCUGACUGUUGACUUAGUGGACACCACAUCAGCUGUUGUUAGCUGGAGCCAGCCACCAGGAUUGGGCCAAACCCAACAUCAGUACCUGAUCUCCUACCACUGUCCAGGGACAGAACCACACAUCACUACCACAUCUUCACCCAGCACCACUCUCUCUGGGCUGCAAUGUGGUACUCAGUACUCUGUCACUGUCUGCACUGUGCUGGAAAAUGGAAAGCAAAGUCAACUGGUGUCCACAACCUUCACCACAAUACUUCCUGCUCCAGACCAGCUGACUGUUGACUCAGUGGACACCACAUCAGCUGAUGUUUGCUGGAACCAGCCACCAGGAUUGGACCAAACACAACAUCAUUACCAGAUCUCCUACCACUGUCCAGGGACAGAAGUACACAUCACUACCACAUCUUCACCCAGCAUCACUCUCUCUGACCUGCAAUGUGGUACUCAGUACUCUGUCACUGUCUGCACUGUGCUGGAAAAUGGAAAGCAAAGUCGACUGGUGUCAACAACCCUCACCACAAAACACCUUCAGUGGUGGAAGAGACCCUCCACAGUUGCUGCAGUGUUUGUUCUACUGGCUGUGAUCAUGGGCCUGUGGGAUUCCUAUGCAACUUCAGAGCGAGACCAGCUACAGAAUAGUCUAAAUACCAGGACCACGGAGAGAGACCAGCUACAGACCAGUUACAACACCCCGACUAAGGAGAGAGACCAGCUACAGACCAGUUACAACACCCCGACUAAGGGGAGAGACCAGCUACAGAUCAAGAGAGACCAGCUACAGACCAGUUACAACACCUUGACUAAAGAGAGAGACCAGCUACAGACCAGUUACAACACCCUGACUAAAGAGAGAGACCAGCUACAGAGUAGUCUAAAUACCAGAACCACUGAAAUAGACAAGUUGAAGAAGAGUCUGAACACUACAACUAUGGAGCGUGACCAGCUACAGAAGGAGAUAGAAAGACUGAACUGGGAGAACAAAGGGUCCUGUCCUGAAGGAUGGAGAAGGUUUGGCUGCAGCUGUUACUACCUCUCUACUGAGAAGAAAUCCUGGGAGGAGAGUAGACAGGACUGUCUGGAGAGAGGAGCAGAUCUGGUGAUCAUUAACAGUGAAGAGGAACAGACAUUCAUCAAUGGGUUUAAAUCAGUCAGUUAUGUCUGGAUUGGUCUGACUGACUCUGUUACUGAGGGGACCUGGAAAUGGGUGGACGGCACCCCACUGACCACCCCAAGGUAUUGGUGGAGUGGAGAGCCUGGUGGUGGUACGUACCAGAACUGUGGGGAAAUCUAUUACAUAUCGUCAGGCCAAGGCGUAUGGAGGGAUUUGGGAUGUUCAUUUUCACAAGAAUGGAUCUGUGAGAAAUAGGCUUCUCAUUGGUACGUUUAAUGAACUCUCUACUGUAUGUUAAUGGUGGUCUGAAGGCUGGUGUGAUUUGAUAGAAUGGUACUCUGAACUACAGGUUGGAGAGAAACACAUGUUCAAAUUCAGACAGACACACGAAGACACUGAUCUGAACCUGAGUCUCCCACAGGAGAAACCAACUUCUUAAUUAGAUAAGGAGGUAAUUCCCUCUUGGGCCGAGAGCUGACACUGAUUUUUGAAGUCGCAGGUUGGGCUGCCGCAUCACGUGACCAGGAGAAACAUGACUGACUACUGUCUGCUGCACAAGCUGACACACAAUCAUGUAUUCAUACUGUAUGUCAAAAAGUGUGUAUAAAUAGGGGCAUAACAUCUGUAA